AUGAAUGAACUUGAUAUUGAUGCAGUUUCAAACGUAAUAAAUGAACUUAUUAGUGGGAAAAACACAGAGGAGAAUAUCAGAUUUAUCGAUCGUGUGACAAAUAAUCCAGUUUCUUCCAACAUUUUAUUUACAAUUUUACAAUGCAACGAAAAUUUGUCAAUCAAAUCACAAGCAGCUCUUAUUUUAUCAAGACUAAUUCGGAAAUUCCCAACAAAAAUACAAUUAGAUCUUUUAAUCCAAAUAGAAAAUUAUUUAUCUGAAUUUAUUUACAAUCCAACCAAAUUAAACGAGCAAACACUAAAUGUAUAUCUAUCCCUUUACACAGAAUCAUUCAUUUCUGGCUUGGUCAAUGAUAGACAAACGUUUUUUGACCUUUUCUAUGAGAAAAUAUCGAAAACUCUCAGUGAUCUCGAUUCUCUACAACCAAACACUUUAAAUACAAUAUCAAUGAUUUUAAAUUCUUUUAAUGAUAACAAAGAUUUCAAAAAAUUCACGGAUACAAUAUCAGAACAGAUUGAUUCUACAAAUAUCAUGCCAAAUAUAUACAAAGCUUUAAUUAUACACUGCAAAGACCAUAAUUUAACAGAAAAUUCUUUAAUUACAUUUUUCAGAUUCAUUUUCGCUUGUUAUCGUGUUAUAUCUCGCGAAAGUGUUGCAUACUCUACAGAUGACGAUAUUAAUACGCUGUAUAUUUCAAUAGAUUGUAAUAUCUUGGAAAAUGAGUAUCUUUCACAGCUCUGUCAUUGCUAUUCAUAUAUUUUUCAGUCAACAAGUAAUCCUGAAUUACAAAAUUUGUGUCUAAAUUGCAUUUUGAGACUUUUGUCGAAAGAUACGAGAUUUAUUGAAAAUUCGCUUCAAAUACAAUUCCUAAACGAGUGUAUAGCUAAUCUGCAGAUCAUGAUAACCAUGAAUAAUGACAUUUCUCUUGAAAAUCAAUACACUUUGUGGUGUAUUUUAUAUAAAUUUGCUUUAACUUCCCCCGACCAAACCGUUGAGCGGUUUUUCACAGAAAAUACUUUAAAUAUAUUGAAAAAUAAUUCCUUAUUUGCAUUUACACAACCAUUAUCUCAAAAUUAUAACUCUGUUCAAAUUUUUCUGAAAUUUUGGAAUUGCAUCUCAAAUAAAGGGCCAAUUAAAAGCAUUGUAUUGCCAUAUUCCAUGGAGAUCAUUAUGAAUUACAUGGACUUUUUGAUUCAAAAUUCAGUUCCUUUCGAUUUUGAAUUGGAAGAUUUGAUUUUUGGCGAUUUUAACAGUCUUCCUUUACUCAUCUGCGCACCAAUAGAGUAUAUACUUUACGAAAACAAUCCAAUUUACUCAAAAUUCGAAACAAUUUGGGAUAAUUUUAUUGAUAAGUUUUUACAGUCGAUCAACAAAUCGGAUACAGCUUACGAUUGUGUUACAUCAAUACUUGUCCUAUUAUUAAGCUUAUUUUUGCGACAAAUCAAAUCAAAUUCAAAAAAGUUUUCCGAAAAAUUAAAAGAAGACAUAAAUUUAUUUGAAGUUUCAUUGUUUCACAGGUUUAUUUCAUUGAUUCAGGUAUUUUCUCCACUUGUUCAAAAAUAUAAGUCAUUUCAUGACUUAGACAGCAUGCAAUUCAUCAGAUCUCUCAUUUAUUCAUUCAAUAAGUUAAAUGAUACAAAUAUUCAGUAUACUUCUGAUGGUUUUUCGUUAUUAAAUAAAUAUAAUGAAAUUUAUUCAACGCAAUACAGUUAUCCAGACAUAUUUGAUAUGCUUGUUAACUUUGCUUUUACCAUGUUAGAUGUGUUCUCUGAUAUUGAGCCUUUAGUUCGAGAUAUUAUUGGAUUAUUUGAAAAUGACAACUUUAAAUACAUUUUCAAGGCGAUAAUAAAUGACAGAACCAAAUAUAAUGCAUUUAGAUUCCCAGAUGCUUCUCCUUUCUUAAACCAAUUAGGAUUUUAUCAAUUUUCAAUUAAUUUAUUGAAUUCUUUGACCAGAUUUAUGACAAAUGAUAAGAAAAUAGAUGGUCUUGAUGAAGUGAUGCAGAAACUAUCUGAAAUUUAUUCAAAUUCCAUGGAAAAGAAUGAAUUUUCUGAAUUUCACAUUUUUCUAAUGAAUAUUAUAUCAUUAAUCAGCACCAGUGACCAAGUAUUUGACUAUAUAUAUGAUCUCCUGCCGCAAAUCCAAACAAAAAUCAAUCAAUUGUUCGAAAAUGAACAAAUUGUUCCAAUUUUCUUUCAAUUUUGCAAAAGUUUGCUUUCAAAAAGUAACCAGACCAACGGUUUUGUUGUUGUCAACUUUUGUUUGAAAACUCUUUCGAUUUAUUUUGAUUUUCUCAAGAAUGCGCUAGACAAUCACGUUGAUUUUGAGAAUUUGUCUGAUACUUUCUUUGUUGCAAUGGAUUUGAUCAGAAAUAUCUUCCUUAAUUCGAAUAAUUUUCUUGUUUAUUCAUUAUAUUACAAAAAUGAAGUGGUUUCAGCGGCCAUUGACAAGCUCUUUAUAACCAUAUCAAUAAUAACGCCAGAGACCAUUAUGAAAUACAACAAAAUGGGUUUUGCAAUGGCAUUUUCUGAUUUUUUGAAAUCAUUUGGGAAAUAUGCAAUAGAUUACAAGGGCAGUUUAAAGAUCAUACUAGACAUAUCAUAUUUAGAUGCUUUUCAAUGCGGAAAUAUAAUUUUAUCUGAAAAUUAUUUCAAUUAUUUGUUUAAUUACAAAGAUGAAGAGAAAGUUAAAGAAUUUCUUGAAGAAAAUGGAGAGACAAUGAUUAAUUUGUUCAGUUAUUCGUUUAAUGAACUUCAGAAAAGUUUUAUUUGUUUUCAACUUGUUUUUCCAUUAAUGAAAUUCGAUUUUAUUUAUGAGCACUUCAUAGACAUGACUAGAAAAGCGGUUAGCCCGAUUAAUCAAGACAAGUUGAACGAAAUUUUAGAGGAAAUUGAUUCCAAAGGUCGUUUUAGCCAAUCAUCGCUCGACAAUUGCAUUAGAGAACUCCAAAAAAUAUUGUAA